CUGAGGAGGAAAAGGUGGAAGAACAGGAGAAGCAGGAGGAGCAGGAGGCCAUGGAAGCAGACAACACAGAUGACAUUGAGUCUCUCAUGGAGGGCAUGGACUUUAUCCCCGGUCACUUCCACCUGGACCUCAACUUCAAUUGUGAUCCUGUUGGGCCUGCAAAGCUGCGACACAGGGACACUUUUCUAAAACAGGAGAGCCUGCGGGGAGAGUUAGAGGCCGAACCUGGAUAUCUACAGUACGCUGUCCGAAAUCUCCUGGGUCUGCUGGCUUUUCACCUCGAACAGCUGGACGCAGCAGAGGAAAUAUUUAGAAACAUUUGUAAAGAAGACCCUGGGAACCUGAAUGCCUGGGCCAACCUGGGCUAUGUGUAUGAUAAGCUGCAGAGGGAGCUGGAUGCAGCGGAGUGUGUGGAGAAGGUGUCCCACCUCAUGGGUUUAGAUGCUGGGGAGCCCUCUCAGGAAGAGAGCAGACUACUGGCGGCCCGGUGCCUGGCUGAACAGGCCUACGCUUAUCCAUAUGAUGUGGAGCUGGAGAGUGACGAUGACCUGAGAGAGAGACUGACUAAAGCACUGAUAUUGUUCAACAGAGCCCUGGUCUAUGGGGGACAACUGAUACCAACAGAGGAAAGACGAAGUUGGUAUUUUAAAAUGGCAGCCAUCUAUAUAAGACUAGAUGACAUAGUAAAGAGCAAAGAUGACUCUGAAUACUCCAGACUCUCUCACUACAACAAGGGACUGAGGCUUCUCAAAGAAACGCUCAAAUCGGAGAAAACACAACACAAAGCUCUAGCCUGGUGUUAUGUUGGCAUCAUGUUGGAGAGGAAGGAAGAGUUCACCACUGUACCCAUGUCUAUACAUGACUGUGGAUUCUCUGCCUCUGAUCCGCUGUCCUGCUAUGGAACUGCCAUAAAUAUGGCCGGUGAUGAUGCAUUCAUCCUGAACCUUCUGGCCAAGGUCUUCUUUCUGCUGGGCAAAUAUGAGAUGGCCACAGGGAUCAGCAACAUGGCUCUGAAUGUGCUGCCAGAUCCAGAGCUCAACUGGCAGGCUUACUGCACCCGCGCCAAGAUCAAUAUGAUGCUCUACGUCAGGGACCUAGAGAAGGCAAAAAAUGGUGAGGGUGGAAUCCCAGACCGACAGAGGCUAACUGAGGCCAGAAAAGACCUGGACAAGGUUUCGACUGUACGUCCAUGUCUGCGGACUCAUCUGGAGAUGGCACAGGUGUACUACUACAUGGGUGUAGAUGCGCUCCGGGAGAGCCUUUUGGUGGAUGAAGCAGCAGUGAAUAGUGCGUUAGUGAGUUUGUCCCAUGCCUUACAGUUUGAGCUUGGUGACAGCUUGCCAGACCUCCAUGUGCUCAGAGGACGCUGCCUCCUGCUGAAAGGUGAGGAGCAGAACGCCGCAGACUGCUUCAAACAGGCUGUGGAGUUGGAGAGGCAAGGCAGCACAGACACCACAGCCCUGCGCUGCCUCCUACAGGCCCUCCUGGCUGUGUUCAUGCAGGGAGGCCCUGAUCCCACUCCUGCCAUCUCCCAGCUGGAGAUGUGGGUGCAAAAGGCAGAGGAGAGGUACCCUAAGGACAUUGUGAAGGCAGAGCUAAGGUGCCUUUACAGGACUAGCACAGAAGACGUCACAGAGUUAUCCAAGGCUCUGAUCCAGACAGGGAGGCUGGAUCUAGUGAGGAGGCUACUGGAAACAGUGGUGCCUAAACAACUGGCAAAGAAGAGACAGAUUGCAAGGUCUUACUCCUUCACAUGAGGCAAAUGACUUUAGUAGAUAUACUUCCUUCUUCCUGUUAUUCAUUAGGAGGGCAAGACUCGCUCAAAAACUCUGCACUGAUGCCAGGCUGUUCAUUGAGUGUGGGUCACAGAAGCCUCUGACAGCGCCUCUCCACAUUAAGAUAUGUGUUGGGGCAUAUUUUUACAAAAAAUAAAUAAAAUGAAAUAGAGAAAAGUUACAUACUGUAACUUUAACAUAUCUGGCUAGCUACGAAAAGUUGAUACUGAACGAAUCAGUAAAAUGCUAACUGACAACGUAUUUCUUUUAGUUACAACAAGCGGAUAUUGCAUGAAGAACAAAACAUGAUAAAAAUGAUUUUGAUGACGAUUUGAUGAUCUGAUGUUAAGUUGCAAAGAGCAGUGAAUCUGAAAAACCAUAAAUGUAAUUUACACAUAAUCAAUUUGUUUUCUUUAACUUACCACUGAAAGAACAAUAAAAUGCCGUACGCUGACACACACACAUUAUUGUGAUUUUUAAAACUGUCCGACUUUGAGACAUUGCAUUGAACAUUAUAUACCAACCAUGUGUUUAAAUGGAAAUAUUUAGAGAAUUCAAACAAACAAACAACACAGAAACCCACACAGCCACGCAGGGUCAUUAGCUUUCAGUGUCUGAGCAGUAACUUUAUGAUGGAUCUGUUCACAAUAUAAACACAAAAUACAUGUUUUUAAUGAAUGUGCAGCACAGUCACUUUUGUCCUGUUGGACGAUGUCACUACACCACUGCACUGGAUGUACUUACUAUUUGGACAGUAAGUCAUUUCAUCUCUGCAAUUACAAGCUCCAAUGCAUAGUGAGCUCUUAACACCUGCACACUGACACCUGAUCCAGCUGUGAUCCAGCUGUGCUGUUGUCACCAGAAACUGAUUUUGGCUCAGAUGACACGUUGGAGAAAUGGAUGCUGCAUCUUUUCUGAUCUGUGAGCGACUGGGACACGACGACAGUGAAGAAAAUGGGGAGACAUUCCAUGAUAAUGAGAAGCAUCCCUAGUUAAAAGAUAAAGCAGUAAGAAUAAGAGGAUUAUUUAAAAGCAGAAUUAAGAUUAUUGUUUAAUGACUGUCUUAAAGCCAACUCAGUCCAAGACAGCAUUCAAAUAUGUCAGCAUGUUCACCAUGAGUUUUUGCCAAUCAUUAUAUCUGAAUAUUGAUCAGCUGACAUUCAGAGAUAACACAAACUAAUGUGAUCAGCUAUCAACACUUACACAGUAAACAAUUAGUAAACUACUACUACCUUAUGGUUUGUACUCAACUUUUCAGUGAUUUGAUAAAUUUCAAAAGAUCAUUUUCAUUCGGACAUAAAUCUGUUGUGAAUAAUUAGGAAGUCAUUAAUUGAACUAAAGUAAACUCACUUAGCUGAGGUUGUUGUUAUGUUAUAUGUUGUAAAAAAAAAAAUAGAAAUUCACCAAUAAGCAACAUC